UGCGCGCAAGCGUAUAGAACUAGGGCUAAGAAUUUCCGGAAUAUGGUAACAUGACGGGACAUGAUGGAAGCAUGGCCAGGAGGGACCACCUAUAUUUUCAAUAAUAGUGACUAAACGGCAACAAUGUUGAAAUCCAACAUCAGCUUGGUGAAGAAAAAUGAUUCCUGGCUUCCUAAGAAAGAGCAGCAGUUGUCAGCCAUUGAGAAACAUGGCUACACUCUAUUAAAAACCCUGGGGGAAGGCGCGUACGCCAAAGUCAAGCUCGCAGACUCUAAAAAGCACAACACUAAAGUAGCAGUGAAAGUGAUAAACAAAAGGAGAGCACCCAAAGACUUCCUCCAAAAGUUUCUACCCAGAGAAGUCCAUCUGAUGCACAGACUCAAUCAUCCAAACGUAAUCAGGUUGUUCGAAGUUGUGGAAACUUCCACCAAGGUUUAUCUUGUUCUGCAAUUGGCUUCUGGAGGCGACUUACUGGAAUACAUAAACAACAGACCCAUGCUAACUGAAAAGGAGGUGCGCUUGCUGUUUUGUCAGCUUGCCGCUGCCAUGAUGUACUGCCACAAGGAAAACGUAGUACACAGGGACCUAAAAUGUGAAAACAUUUUGAUAGCUGGAGACGGAAAAUUGAAAGUCACAGAUUUUGGUUUUGCCGUGAGCACGUUCAAAAAUCGUCUUCUAGAAACUUACUGUGGUUCGUUCGCCUAUUGUUGUCCCGAAAUCCUUCGGGGCAGGCCGUACGACGGUAAAAAAGCAGACGUGUGGAGCAUGGGUGUGGUACUGUAUGCCAUGGGCUGCGCAAGGCUUCCCUUUAGUGAGGAUGACAUAAAAUGUUUAGUCAAGGAUGACUAUAACAGCAAAAUCAAGUUUUCGAAAAGAGUGAGUAAAGAGUAUCGCAAUCUUGUCCGUUGGAUGUUAGAAGUGAACCAAAAUGAACGGGCCACAGCGGAGGAGGUCUUUAAGAGCCCCUGGUGUAGGCAGGCCAUCGAAGAUAACCCAGAGCUGAGCUAUCUUGUGGAAGCUCCCCAGGCGAUCCCCGUACGCGUACGCAAGCCCUCGGAAUGCGCACUCCAAGAGACGAACGAAUUCGAAGAGGAAACUUACCCUGUUGAAGUAAAGAAAAUACCCGCCAAAAUCGGGGAGAAAACCAACGUGGUUACAUGUUUCACUUUCGCAGCGCCCACAUACGAAACGAAACAGAGCAGUCAAGCUCGGCGGCAUACUAUUUCCGGUUUCGAAAUUCACGAAAUAGCCUGCACUCUGAAUCUGCGCAAUGACUUGCUGCGAUCUUUCGCACAAAAGAAGAUGUCAAAAUCUCAGUCCCUUCAGAAAAUUGAGGAAGAACAACCGCUUGCCGAAGUAUCUUACAACAAACACCAAUCAAGAAGAAAGAGUACACUAGUCACAGAUGUCUUAACAGCUGUGUCGUCUAAUGAGCAUGGAAAAAAGAUUGAAGAAAGAAAAUCUUCUUUGGUGUCUGAUAUCAUUAAAUUUGAUCCAAGUUCAGCAGGAAGGCGUGGUUCUUUAGCGGGGACCCAAGAAGGAAGGCGUAGUUCCUUUGCAGGAACCCUAACAGGUAGUCGUGGGUCCACAGUGGUUAGUCAAGUAGAAAGACUCGAAUCCUUAGGAGAAGUGCCUUAGGGUUACCACAGUAACUCGAACAAACCUACACAACCACAAAAACUGGAAACCGUUAAAGCGCUCUCAAAGAGAGCUCCCAAGUCGAUGCAUGACAAUCGCCAAGUUCGUAUGAACGAGGUCUCUAAGCUGAAUUACACUUCGGCUGCCAGGGCUGCAAAAAUGGCCUUCAGAGAAGCACACGUCUCAAUUAAAGCCAAUCGAAGACUAUCGCUGCAAGCCACGGACCACUAUCUGACAUUGAAAUGUGUGCAAAGAAUGUGUGAACUCCAGGGGAACAAGGUUGAAAAGAGUGCAAGUUCUCUCACUAAGCUUAAAAACUGGCAGAAAAAGUUCAAAAUGGCUUUAAAUACAGACACUUCAUUCUGAUUUACGCGACAUCGUGACUAAGAUCAAACCAUGCAAAGUUACAGAAAAAAUUAAGCGAUAUAACCUUAGUUAUAUGUCUCAAAACGCAGUUGUCUAACUGAUUUGCUCCUACUAACAGCUCUACGAAGAUAAAUGGUUGUGCCGUUCGAAAUUCGUGCUUCUUUAACUCUGACUUCGUUUGAAAUCGCUCUCUUGCUCUCCACGUUGACUACAGCUAAUCGAGUUCGUGCAAGCGCACUUUUCAAAAUGAGCGGGAAAAUAUCCUCUGUAGGGUUUCGUAAUAGCAUCAAGUUUUUGUUAAAGAACACAGGAUCAUCUGAUGUCCAUGUAGCGCAUGUCCGUUCAUUGUAAGUCACAAAAUUGUAAAUCAGGACCA